AUGUCUGCGGCGAAAAAGGGAAAGUGCCAUUUUUUGGAUGAAUAUACGAAAGAGUGGAGUUUUAUAAAAAAAGGGCGUACGGAUGAAGAAGCGCUUUGUGUUAUAUGUAAUUGUUUUUUAUCAGUUACUCACAGAGGUAAAGCUGACGUAAAGCACCACAUUUCUACGACUAACCACAAAAAAAAAUUCGCUGUUGUAUCGACGUCAUCGCCCAUAUCCAAAUUUAUGAUUAAACAAGAUACCCAAGAAGAGUUGCUAAUUACGGCAGCAGAACUAACAGCAGCUUAUAAAGUUGUAAAACAUCAUCAGUCUUUCAGUUCACUUGAUUGUAUCGUAAAACUGAAUGCCAUGAUGUAUUCCGACUCUAAAAUCGCAGCAAAAUAA